CUCGGCGCAUCGUGGCCGCGCUGCGGGAACAAAAGCAAGCCGUGCGCAUCGUGGCCAAGACGCACUGCGCCGCGCAGAACCUGGGCCAGGGAGCCCGCGCGGCUGACCACUGGCUCCGGAAGUUUGUGCGCCAUGGGAACGUGCGCCUGAUUGAUUGGCUCGUGGUCGAAGAAAUCACGCAGCUGGACACCGCGCUCUGGAACGACAUUGCGUGCUUGGCCCUGAACACCCGCAUCCGCUUCCUGCUCCUGGGCGACUUCCGCCAAUUGCCCGCUGUGCUAGAUAGCUUUGCCGGCGCCGAAGUUCAGCGUGAGCUCCAGCAGGCGCAGCUCAUAAAGACAUUGACGCGGGGCUACCGGCACGAAUUGGUAAUCUUCGACUUUUUGCGCUGGCUGCGAAUUGAUGAGCCCGAUGAGACCCCACUGAACCGCGCGCUCCGCGAAGCUUGGGCCAAGUUCCCGGACAAGCGCAUCACACCAGACACGGCCCUGGCAAUAAGCCAUUGGCAUCGCAUUCAACUGAAAAAAUCAAUAAAUCGGACCAAAGCCCCAGCAGGCGCCAUACUCUUCGUAUAUUCCCCUAGUGAGACCACCAAGAAUUUGACCAAUAAGCCACAGACCAUGCGGAUCUGGCCGGGCAUCCGACUGGUGGGCGCGGGCGGCAAGAUUUGCAAAGGCACGUUUGCAACGGUCAAAACAUGUAGCGACGAAGCCGUGGAGCUAGAGGACGGGACGGUGCUCAAAAAGGACGACCUCUUCAAGUACACCCGCUUGCCACACGCCGUCACAUACGCAAGCUGUCAAGGCCUCACGCUUUUCGGGCAUGUGACUCUCUGCGACGUUUCCAGCCCACACUUCACACUCAGGCACUUGUACGUGGGAAGCUCCAGAGCGACCCGCUCGGACCUCUUGUCUGCGCAGACGCGGUAG